UUGUUCGGGAGGCGUUUCCGUUCAGUACCCGGUGUAUGCGGGGGGAAGCCGCUUUCUCCCACCGUGGGGAGUGACAGCCCAACCGGAAGAGUGUUACGUUCACCGCCGCCGUCAUUACUGUUAUGUAAUUCUGAAUUAUUAGUUAAAAGUUAUUUUAUACAGAUAAUAGAAGGGCAGCUUCGGUCGAGGAUAUAUAGACAGAUAUAUAUAUCAGCUAUCGACGGUGGGUAGACAGGAGCAGCGCUGCGUCCCCUGGAGCUGUAUGGCAGGAGCGCCAGUAACGGAAGCACUGGAGUUGAAUCCGGAGUCAGCAGAGUUUGUUCCACGGGAAAGGCACAGCCAUAACCAGCCAAGAAGAGGCAGACCCAGGCCUGACCGUGGCCGUACCUGGAGUGGCCAGCAAGCUGCUUCCUAUCCACAGCGCAGUAAUGGGCUAAACGGCCCAGAGAGGGAGCCACCCUUCCAUAUUAGGGAAGACGGAAGAAGGGGGAGAGGUGGAGGGGAGAGGGCAGGAGCCUCACGCCGGCACAAUCCCCAGGGCCAGCGGUGGACCAGAAGUGACGCGUGCGCGCAGGUAGAGGCUGCCAGAGCACCCACGGGAGACAUCCGCAAGGAGACGCCUCCAGCCCACAGACCUCACAUAGACGGGCCCAGCUGGCGGAGAAGUGAGGGGCGGGAAAUCGGAGAGGAGCCCGGAGAGACUCAUGUCAGGAGACCCAGGAGGUUCAGCCAGGAGCCCAGCAGUGAGAGUGAUGCAAGGAAGGCCCAUCGCAGUGGGAGCCAGGAGGAGCGUGCCGGCAAGGAUCAAGCAGACCGCCCUGCAUCUAGAGAACCGACUGGCCAGGUGGAUAGUGGCGUGCCAGACAGGAAGGGGUGUGGCAAUGGAAACAGGAAGGCCCACUUUGAUCAGAGGAGAAGGGGCACAGCUCCCAGGCACUGGCAAAGAGGGGGUAAGGAUUUCCCCCAAGAUCGUGACAGGGACAGGCAUAGCCCACCCACAUGUGAGAUGCCAGAUUCUGGCGGGGGGGGCUACCUGAGCCGGAGGGGCAGCCGGGGCCAAGGCAGAAGAACUCCCCAAGGGGAUAGAGGGCAAAACAGUGAGAGGAGGUCAAACAAGCUGGACCAGCGACCAAGGCGGGGGAAGCAAGUGGACGUUUCCAAGAGCAAGGAAACACACACAGGGUGUCUCAUCGAGCAACUGUCGGAGGAGAAGUACGAGUGCAUGGUGUGCUGUGAGGUGAUCCGCAUCAUGGCGCCUGUCUGGAGCUGCCUGAGCUGCUUCCAUGUCUUCCACCUCAGCUGCAUCAAAAAGUGGGCCCGCUCACCAGCCUCACAGGCAGACGAUGGAAAUGGAGGUUGGAGAUGCCCGGCCUGCCAGAACGUCGAGGCUCGGGUCCCUAACUCCUACGUGUGCUUUUGUGGGAAGGUGACAAACCCAGAAUGGCAGCAUGGUGAGAUUCCGCACAGCUGUGGCGAGAUGUGCGGCAAGAAGAGGAGCGGCGUGGACUGCAACCACCCGUGCAACAUCCUGUGUCACCCGGGGCCCUGCCCGUCGUGUCCCGCCUUCGUCACCAAAGCCUGCGUCUGUGGGAGGACCAGUCAGCCUGUGCGCUGCGGUCAGGCUUCAGCCAUCUGCUGUGAGCAGGUGUGUGGGGCCCAGCUGAACUGCGGGCAGCACAACUGUACUCAGGUGUGCCACAGCGGGGGCUGCCAGCCGUGUCAGCACCGCGCCAAGCAAGUCUGCUACUGCGGAGGCCUUUCUCAGGAUGUCCUGUGUGGAACCAACCGGGACAGCUUUGACGGCUUUGGCCACUUUUCCUGUCAGAAGCCGUGCAGCAAAUUACUGGACUGUGGGAACCAUCAGUGUCAGCAGCCCUGCCACCCUGGGCCCUGCUCGUCUUGCCCCCUGCUUCCCCGCUCGGUGCGCACCUGCCCCUGUGGCCAGACGGCUCUGUCCAAGCUCCUGGAGUUGGGCUACGCCGAGCGCCAGAGCUGCACCGAUCCCAUCCCUUCCUGUGGCAAGACCUGUGGCAGGCCCCUACCUUGUGGGUCAGACGAUGUCGUGCACAUGUGUGAGAGCUUGUGUCACGAAGGCAGCUGUGGACCCUGCUCCCUCACGUCCACCAUCAGGUGCCGAUGUGGCUUCAGGACGAAGGAAGUUCCCUGUCUGACGAUCCAGAGUGAAGGCGAGCUCACGUUCACCUGCGAUCGACGCUGCAGUAAGAAGCGUGCCUGCGGCCGGCACAAGUGCCCAGAAGUAUGCUGUGUGGACCACGAGCACCGCUGCACAUUUAUCUGUGGCUACAAGCUGAACUGCGGCCUGCAUCGCUGCCAGGAGCCCUGUCACCGCAGCAACUGCCAGCCAUGCUGGCAGACAGGCUUCGACGAGCUAACCUGCCACUGUGGGGAGACGGUCAUGUACCCGCCCAUCCCCUGUGGCACCAAGCCUCCCGAAUGCAAGAACCCAUGUGCCAGGAUGCAUGAGUGCGAGCACCCAGUGCUUCAUAACUGUCACAAUGAGGAGAAGUGUCCCCCCUGUACCUACCUCACUAAGAAGUGGUGCAUGGGAAACCAUGAGCAAAGGAGUAACAUCCCCUGCCACAUCUCCGACAUCUCCUGCGGCCUGCCCUGCGGCAAGGCCCUUCCGUGCGGCACGCAUCACUGCCAGCGGCUGUGUCACCGCGGCGAGUGCCUGGCCGAGGCCGGCUGCCGGCAGCCCUGCCCGGCGCUCCGGCCAGACUGCGGGCACCCCUGUGGAGCCCCCUGCCACACGGGCUCCCCCUGCCCGAGGAUCGGCUGCAGUGCUGAGGUGGUGCUGUAUUGCGACUGUGGCCGCAGGAAGGAGACGGUCAUCUGCGUCGAUGCCUCCAGCUCCUACCAGAGCAGGACUGCAGCCAUCGUCAUGGCGAGCAGACUGUCCGACAUGCAGCUCGGUGACACUGUGGACAUCGGACAGCUCAUCACCAAGAAGGAGGUGAAGCAGGCUCGGUUACAGUGUGACAAGGACUGUGCUGCUCUGGAGAGAAACAGGCGAUUGGCUGAGGCCCUGCAGAUCGACCAAUCAGCAGAUCCUUUCAACAUCCGGUCCAGCUCCAAAUACAGUGACAGCCUCAAGGAUGAUGCCAGAAAAGAUUUGAAGUUCGUAAGUGAGGUUGAAGAGGAGAUGAAGAACUUAGUGGAACUUGUGAACAAGGGUAAACAGUCAAAGAGAAGCCACUGCUUCCCCCCCAUGAACCGAGAUCAUCGCAGGAUCAUCCACGAGCUGGCUGAGGCCUACAACAUCGAAUGUAAUAGCUAUGACAGCGAGCCCAAGCGCAAUGUGGUCAUGACGGCCAUCAGAGGGAAGUCGGUCUGCCCCAACUCCACCCUGACAGCCCUGAUCGAGAGAGAGAUGGCUGCCCGAGCUCCACCACCCAUCGCCCACGUCAGGCAGCAGAGCAUCAGGAGCAGCAACCAGAGUUCAGCCAGCGUAGAGCCUGCAAUUGACUACUUUGAUGUCCAAGACUGAAAGAAGGUCUCCACGAGGGACACUCAUCAAAAUGUAUCAAUUCAAAAAUACAAAUAAAGCUCAGAAUUUGCACCCUU